AUGGAGAUUCAGGUUGGCGAAAAGGUGGCAUUGCUUACUACGCACAAAACCUACCGCGAUGACGCCGAAGACAGUGUGAGGGCGGUGGCGAAUUAUUCUCCCUUUUGUAAGUAUGUGGAAGCCUGCGCACGUCAUGGUCCUGUGCCUUCCACCUUCGUUAUCCGUGAUAUUAGACGGGUGGCACAUCGCAUUGUGGGAUUGACUGUGGAUGUGGAAUGUGAUACACGCAGUGGAAGAGUUGUCCAGUCGGUAGACCUCUGCGAUUCAAGUCCUGCUAUUAUUCUUCCUGUUUCCACCGUUAAUGAUAUUUGUUACGCUAUACUUGUCAGGCAACGUCAAACUUCUGUCAGUUGCAGUUUUAUUUUGGAGGCCUUCUGCGGGGCGGUAAACGACACCGGGAACCUUACAGCACCGAAAGAUGAGUUAUUUCAACAAUUAGGCGUUGAUCUUCAACAAGUGCGUGCGGUCAGUCCAAAAAAGUACACAAUAGGGAACGAAGGGACGGCUCCGUACAAGAUCUACUCCGUCACUGUGGAAAUGUCACCUGAAACUCUUCAGACGCUUCAGAAUGCCUCAAUGAUUGUGGAGAAAUCAUUGGUUGCGAUGCCAUUGGAUGAGGUGCUAUCCACGGUGAGUGAUGUGAAGGCGUGCUUGGCGGCGUCACUGCUAUUGGUUUCAUGA